UCAACAUAAGUUAAAAAUGGAAGUCGAUCCACCGAGUCAGGAAAUUGUUUCGCAAUCACAACCUUUAGUAGGACAAAUACCGAAUACGAGUGGAGGAUACUCUUACCCAAUCUCAGACCUGGAGAGUCUGCUUCGGUUCCUAUGUCUAGGAGUCAACGAUAGGGUUUACAGGGCAAAUACACAACACACAGAAUUCUGUCGGGCCAACGUUAAGUUUAUUGACAGGCUCAUACAGGAUGGUAGGGGAUCAGAGGUAAUCAAAUGUAUUCGGGAUGUCAGCACCCAAGGAAGAGCAUAUAAGCAUGACACAACACUGUACGCAUUAGCCAUAUGCGCAAGAAGUAAUGAUAUAAAGACUAAACAAUCUGCUUAUGAAAUAUUAAACGACGUUUGCCGUAUUCCUACACACCUUUUUCAGUUUGUUAAAUAUUGCGAAGAAUUGUCUGAAAUCGCCAGUGGAUGGGGCAGGGCUCAUCGCAUGGGCAUCAGUAACUGGUACAAUAGUUUCAAGUCUGAAGAUCCACAGAAUCAUAAAAGCGCAAAGAAAUUGGCCUAUCUUGUUACGAAGUACAAACGCCGUCACGGUUGGACGCACCGUGAUGCAGUUCGUCUGGCUCACGUUCACCCCAAAACUACGGAUAUCAGACUUAUCAUAGAAUAUAUAUUUGGCGAGAAUAUAACUGUAAACAAUACUCCAAAUCAAGCUAGUAUCAGUGAAUUUCUAGACGCGGCCAAGAGAGCAAAACGAUGUAACGAUGUUGAAGAAAUCCGCAGUCUAAUAGCAAAUUACCAUUUAUCGAGGGAACAUAUUCCUACUCGAUUCUUAAAUAAUAUACUUGUUUGGGAGGUACUCCUACGAACAAUGCCAUUUACCGCUAUGCUCCGCAAUCUAGGUAAAAUAACUAGUUUAGGAAUGAUGGAUCCAAACAUAAAUACAUCGUCAGGCUUGUGGAUCAAAAUUAUUCUACAAAGACUCGAUCAGUUGAACAGUGAUGAGCUAAAAUGUCCAAAGAUUCACCCCUUGACAAUUCUUAUUGCUUUGCGACAUUACGAAAAAGGACAUGGACAAACGAGGAGGUUGGUGUGGACACCAAACACACAGAUCGUAAAUGCACUGAAAGAGGCAUUUGAGAAACAAACCAAAAUAUGUCCAUCACCAGGACAUUCAUACUUGAUGGCUGUUUCCGUUGGGGAAAGUAUGCAGAAAAAUAUUUGCGGAUCGUCUAUAAAAGCGUGCGAAGCAGCUGCUGUCAUGGUUCUUUCAACCGUAAACACGGAGGAGGUAGAAGUCAUUAUCUUUGCUGAUUCUAUAGAAGAUGCAUGUAUCAGUAAUAUAGCCAGGGGCGAUAAUUUAGAUUCUAUUUCUUCUAAGAUUGCACAGGUCAAACGGCGAUGUCAACAACCGUCAACAAGAGUCAGCGAAGACUUGGCUGUUCCAUUUAAAUGGGCUGCUAGCAGAAAAAAACGAUUUGAUGUUAUUAUUGUUCUCACUGACUCUUUAACCAGUUGCGGACAUAUGCAUCCAGCUGAGAUGCUCAAACGAUACAUGCAAUUCGUGGCUAUCGAUGAGUACCAUCUUAUUGUUGUUGGUAUGACCGACAAUGAAUACACCAUAGCCAGUCCUAUAGAUAUGAAUGCGCUCGAUGUAGUUGGCUUUGAUCUUCAUACUCCAAGUGUAAUUAAAAAUUUCGUGAAUAAUUUUCAAAGUGAUCCUUCCAUGCAGACUGAUACUCCAGAUGAAUAUGUCGAUUUGGAAGAAAUGGAAAAUGUUACUUUAUAUUAAAACCACAGUAUUGUUACAUGUUACUCUAAACUAGACAUAAGACAUUAAUGUUCAUUAAAUUUUACAAAUCAAGUUAUACAACAGUCAUUUAGUGUUUUACAUAGAUCAGGACGAAGUGAAAAUUAUGAAGAGAUUAAUUAGAUUGCAGCACACAGAAAACAUAUUUAGUUACUAGAUAUUGUUGUUUUAAAUCUCUUGACAGUUUUUCUAGUACAUCAAAUGAUAGUUGUUUUAUUUCUGAACAGUAUUGAAUUAAAAGAAUAAAUUGAGA